GCUGCACUGGUGGGCGGCACUGGUGGGCACCACUGGUGGGUGGGCACAGGUAGGUGGCACUGGUGGGCACAGGUGGGUGGCACUGGUGGGCACAGGUGGGUGGGCACAGGUGGGUGGCACUGCUGGCACUGCUGGGCACCGAUCAUCAGGGCACUGAUCAUCAGUGCCCUGAUGAUCGGUGCCGAUCCCCGCUCUGACAACUGCCGGUUCUCGGCAGUACUUUCCUCACGAUCUGACAGCGUGAGGAAAGUGCAGCCGAGAACCGGCACUUGCAUUUUCCUGUGAUCAGCG